AGGAGGAAGAGGAGGAGGAAGAGGAGGAGGGAGUAAGCAUCAGCACAGUCUUCCCAGUCUCUUCACGCGCACUCCCACUCUGCAUGGAACAAACCUUCCUUCACUGCUUCUAAAUGGACAUUUCUGUGGCAAUGUGUCUCCAGUGAAGACAGCAGCUACUUGCCGCUCCUCUCCACAAGCUCCUACAUGCUGGAUUUAAAAAACAAAGUGAGGAGAGGAACAGGGGGAGAUCUCUGAAGAUGAGUGAGGAAGCUAAGGAGAAAGCAGGCAGCGGAAAAGCAGCCCAUCGCAAGAAGAAAGGCAAAAAGUCUGACAGCAAUGCAAGUUACCUACGAGCUGCCCGGGCAGGGAACCUUGAAAAGGUCCUUGACUACCUCAAGACAGGUGUUGAGAUCAACAUUUGCAAUCAGAAUGGUUUGAACGCUCUUCAUCUAGCCUCCAAAGAGGGGCAUGUUGAGGUAGUCGCUGAGCUGCUGAAGCUGGAAGCCGCUGUGGAUGCGGCCACGAAGAAAGGAAACACUGCUCUGCACAUAGCUUCGCUUGCCGGCCAAACGGAAGUCGUCAAAGAGCUGGUCACAAAUGGAGCCAAUGUCAACUCGCAAUCUCAGAAUGGCUUCACUCCUCUGUACAUGGCCGCCCAGGAGAAUCACCUGGAGGUCGUACGGUUCCUUCUGGAGAACAGCGCCAGCCAGAGUAUGGCCACUGAGGACGGCUUUACUCCUCUGGCGGUGGCCCUCCAGCAGGGCCAUGACCAGGUGGUCUCCCUGCUGCUGGAGAACGAUACAAAGGGCAAGGUACGACUACCUGCCCUGCACAUCGCUGCCCGCAAGGAUGACACCAAGGCCGCGGCCCUGCUCCUGCAAAACGACCACAACGCAGACGUCGAGUCCAAGAGUGGUUUCACCCCCCUCCACAUCGCGGCUCACUACGGCAACAUUAACGUGGCCACGCUCCUGCUGAACAGAGGAGCUGCCGUGGACUUCAUGGCUCGGAAUGACAUCACACCGCUUCAUGUGGCUUCAAAAAGAGGCAACAGCAACAUGGUCAAGUUGUUGCUGGACAGAGGGUCCAAAAUUGAUGCAAAGACCAAGGAUGGUCUGACACCUCUUCACUGUGGGGCAAGGAGCGGGCACGAGCAGGUGGUAGAAAUCCUGCUGGACCGAGGAGCGCCUUUCCUGUCUAAAACCAAGAACGGGCUAUCCCCGCUCCACAUGGCCACUCAGGGGGACCACCUGAACUGUGUGCAGCUCCUGCUCCAGCACGACGUGCCGGUGGACGACGUCACCAACGACUACCUGACGGCGCUGCACGUCGCUGCCCACUGUGGUCACUACAAGGUGGCCAAGCUCAUCGUGGACAAGAAGGCCAACCCCAACGCCAAGGCUCUGAAUGGCUUCACUCCGCUUCACAUUGCCUGCAAGAAGAACAGAGUCAAAGUCAUGGAGCUGUUGCUAAAACAUGGAGCCUCUAUCCAGGCUGUCACUGAGUCUGGCCUGACGCCCAUCCAUGUUGCAGCCUUUAUGGGCCAUGAGAACAUUGUCCAUGCACUGACGCACCACGGAGCAUCUCCCAACACCACCAACGUACGAGGAGAGACAUCUCUCCACAUGGCAGCGAGGGCGGGUCAGGCAGACGUAGUCCGAUACCUGCUCAAAAAUGGAGCCAAGGUUGAGACCAAGUCCAAGGAUGACCAGACAGCGUUGCACAUCUCCAGUCGGCUGGGGAAGGUCGACAUCGUCCAGCAGCUGCUGCAGUGCGGUGCUUCGGCCAACGCUGCCACAACCUCAGGCUAUACCCCCCUUCACCUGGCCGCCCGCGAAGGACACCAAGAUGUUGCUGCCAUGCUGCUGGAGCAUGGAGCCAUGCUCUGCGCUUCAACCAAGAAAGGGUUCAGUCCGCUGCAUGUGGCAGCAAAGUACGGCAAGAUGGAGGUGGCCAGUCUCCUCCUGCAGAAGAGAGCUGCGCCUGACGCUGCUGGAAAGAGUGGGCUAACUCCUCUGCAUGUAGCCGCUCACUACGAUAAUCAGAGAGUGGCUCUGCUCCUGCUGGAUCAGGGAGCUUCCCCUCACGCUGCCGCCAAGAAUGGCUACACGCCGCUCCACAUCGCUGCCAAAAAGAACCAAAUGGACAUUGGGACCACACUGCUGGAGUACGGCGCCGACACCAACGCAGUGACGCGGCAGGGCAUCAGCCCCAUCCACCUGGCAGCGCAGGAGGGCAGCGUCGACCUGGUGUCACUGCUGCUGACCAAGAACGCCAACGUCAACACGUGCAAUAAGAGUGGACUUACACCACUCCACUUAGCAGCUCAGGAGGACAAGGUCAAUGUUGCAGAAGUCCUUCUCAACCAUGGUGCUGAUGUCAACCCACAAACAAAGAUGGGUUACACACCGCUGCACGUGGCCUGUCACUAUGGCAACGCAAAGAUGGCCAACAUCCUGCUGCAGAACCAUGCCAGAGUGAAUGGCAAAACGAAGAACGGGUACACUCCUCUACACCAAGCGGCUCAGCAGGGCCACACCCACAUCAUCAACCUGCUGCUUCAGCACGGGGCCUCGGCCAACGAGCUCACUCUGAAUGGGAACACUGCCCUGUCCAUCGCCCGCCGCCUUGGAUACAUCUCUGUGGUCGACACUCUGAGGCCUGUGACGGACGAAAACCUGACCACCAUGAGUGCUUCAGAAAAACACAAAAUCAAUGUCCCAGAGACCAUGAAUGAGUUCCUCGACAUGUCCGACGAUGAAGUCCGGGCCAAUGUGCCGGAAACUCUCAAAGAGGAGUCUUUUUCAGAUGUGUAUGAAGGUGAGGAUGCGAUGACCGGGGACACGGACAAAUACCUGCGGCCUCAGGACCUCAAAGAGCUGGGGGAUGACUCCCUGCCUCAGGAGGGCUACAUGGGUUUCAGCAUAGGAGCCCGCUCAGCCAGCCCUAGACUCAGUUCGGAUAGGUCCAACACACUCAACCGGAGCUCCUUCGCUCGGGACAGUAUGAUGAUUGAAGAGAUUCUGGCGCCCACAAAGGACACGCACCUGGCUGUGACCAGAGACUACAGCACCGAGUGUAUGCGGCGCUACAGCUGGACUCCGGACACCAUGGACCACAGCCACAACACCGUGUCCAGCCCCAUUCACUCUGGCCUCUCCUCCCCGCUCCCUCAGUAUGACUCCAGGUUCUUGGUCAGCUUCAUGGUGGAUGCCCGUGGUGGUUCCAUGAGAGGCAGCCGCCACAACGGCAUGCGCAUCAUCAUCCCUCCCAGGAAGUGCACGGCACCCACGCGCAUCACCUGCCGCCUGGCCAAGAGGCACAAGCUGGCCUACCCCCCGCCCAUGGUGGAGGGAGAGGGUUUAGUCAGCCGGCUGGUGGAGGUCGGACCAGCUGGGGCUCAGUUCCUGGGACCUGUGAUCGUGGAAAUCCCCCAUUUUGGUUCCAUGCGGGGGAAAGAGAGGGAGCUGAUUGUGCUGCGGAGCGAGAACGGCGACACGUGGAAGGAGCACCAGUCUGACGCCAGACCGGAAGACCUCAUUGAGCUGCUUUCUGGAAUGGAUGAAGAGCUGGACAGUCCCAUUGAGUUGGAGAAGAAGCGCAUCUGCCGCAUCGUCACCAGCGAUUUUCCUCAGUAUUUUGCUGUGGUGUCACGGAUCAAGCAGGAGUCGAACCACAUGGGUCCGGAUGGAGGCAUGCUGUCCAGCAGCACCGUGCCCAUGGUCCAGGCCUCGUUCCCACAAGGAGCACUCACCAAGAGGAUCCGUGUCGGCCUGCAGGCUCAGCCGGUGCCAGAUGACAUGGCGAGGGCGAUCCUCGGAAACAGAGCAACGUUCAGUCCCAUCGUUACCGUGGAGCCCAGGAGGAGAAAGUUCCACAAGCCGAUCACGAUGACCAUCCCUGUGCCGCCUAGAUCGGCAGAAGGGCAUCCCAGCGGGCACCGAGGUGACACCGCACCCUGCCUGCGUCUGCUCUGCAGCAUCACAGGAGGGACGUCCCCCGCCCAGUGGGAGGACAUCACAGGGACCACACCGCUGUCCUUUGUAACCGAUUGCGUCUCCUUCACCACAAACGUGUCGGCCAGGUUCUGGCUCGCAGACUGUCACCAGAUUCCUGAGACGGUGAGUCUAGCGUCUCAGUUAUACCGGGAGCUGAUCUGCGUGCCGUACCUGGCCAAGUUUGUGGUCUUCGCCAAGAUGAACGACGCAAUCGAGGCUCGUCUGCGCUGCUUCUGCAUGACGGACGACAAGGUGGACAAGACCCUCGAGCAGCAGGAGAACUUUGAGGAGGUUGCCCGGAGUAAAGAUAUCGAGGUUCUCGAGGGCAAGCCUAUUCACGUGGACUGCUAUGGCAACCUGUCCCCUCUCACCAAAAGUGGGCAACAGCUGGUUUUCAACUUUUACUCCUUCAAGGAAAACAGACUUCCUUUCAACGUGAAGAUCAGAGAUAUGGGCCAGGAGCCCUGUGGCCGCCUCUCCUUCCUGAAGGAGCCAAAAUCCAUCAAAGGCCUUCCACAGACUGCCAUAUGCAAUUUGAAUAUCACACUGCCAACCCACAAGAAGGAUUUGGAGUCUGAUCCUGAUGAUGAGACUGAAAAGCCAGAACGACGUCAUACCUUUGCCUCCUUAGCUUUGCGUAAGCGCUACAGCUAUUUGACCGACCCAGCAGCGAGUCCCCAGAGUCCCUGUGAGCGAACAGACUUGCGCAUGGCCAUCGUUGCAGAUCACCUGGGACUCAGUUGGACGGAGCUGGCCCGGGAGAUGAACUUCACAGUGGAUGAGAUCAACCACAUCAGACUAGAAAACCCCAACUCUCUGACAGCACAGAGCUUCAUGCUUCUUAAGAAAUGGGUCAGUCGGGAAGGAAAAAAUGCCACAACGGAUGCCUUAUCUUCAGUGCUGACCAAAGUCAAUCGGAUGGAUAUUGUGACUUUACUGGAGGGCCCAAUAUUUGACUAUGGUAACAUUUCAGGCACGAGAUGUUUUGCCGAUGAUAACGCUGUUUUCCGGGAUCAGGCUGAUGAUUUUCAGAGCAUUCUAGCGGAGCUGCAGUCCCCCGCCGCACUGCACUCCAACCCCAACUUCCUGGAGCCCGAACUCCCCGUCACCCCCAACCCUGCCCUUGCCCACCACCAGCAACACCAUUACCCAGAACCAGACACCCCUUUGCUGGCCGACUCCCAGCCUCAGCCCCUGCCCUGGAGCCCGGAGAUAGAGAAAGGCGGAGAGCCAGAAAGCCCCCCUAGGAGCCCUCCCAGACCCUGUGAGCUCGCCUUAUCCGUCCCAGUCUUUGUCCUUCCUGAUCCUAUCCCUCCCAAGUUCAGAAAGCCCCACAUCGCCCUGAACGACCAGCUGCUUCUGAGCGAGGAGGAGGACAGGUCUUGUCAUGAAAUGGAGCUGAGCCACAGGCCCAAGUCUCAAUCCCUCCCUGCGAUGUGUGAGUUAGACGUUGAUAUGGCCUACUCCACAUCUUCCCCUUCAUUCUCAUCAGUAUCAUCAAUUACCCCUUUAUCGCCCGACAGAGCACAAAUGGGAGAUGGAGAUGGGCAGAUGUGUUCCCCCAAUUGGGCACAGGAGGAUAUAUGUUUGAAAGGAGGUGAAAAGGAAGUGAUAGAGGAAAUAGAGAAGGUUGUUGAGAUGGUCGCGGCAGAGUUAGUGGAUGGAAAUGGAUUUGUGGAAAAGUGGGUGGAGCAGGACCUGAUUAAAAACGUGGAAAGAAAAUGUGAGAUGAUAACAAAAGAUAGGUGCGAGCUGGCAGAGGAGAAUAACGUUUUUGCAGAAGAGAAGGAUAUGAUAAAUGAUGGGGAUAACGGGACAGCCUGUGAGGUGGAAGAGGUGAGAGAUGUGCAGAAUCUGUCAGAAGAGCAGCAGAAUCUGAUAGAGAUUGGGCAUGAAGUGGAAAAAGGUUCUACUUCAGAGGCUGUCAAAGAGGGUAUUGAUGAAACCGCUGAGGUUCAGAAAUUUGAAAGAGGCAGUCAGGAAAGGCUCUACCACGAUGACACAGUGGAUGACGGACAACUGCAGUUUAAAGAGGAACAAGGGGCCGUAGCUCUUCUCUCCCCUCAGGCCUGGGUUGAGGCACUGGGGGAACGUCAGCCCAGUGAGUCUGAAUCCAAUGAGGAAGAGGAGGAGGGAGACAGAGAAAUCAAUCCCAGAGGAUCUCUGUUGGAGGAGGCGGAGAAAGAAGAAGGCUCAGAGGACAAGAAGGAGGACCAAGAGAUGACUGAAGCUCAGGAGGCUCUUGGUCAGGUUGAACAGGCAGAAAAAGAAGUGUGUUCAAUUUCAGGUUGGCACAGCGAUUCAUCCAGCGUCAAUGUGGAACCUCCAACGCCAGGCCGCAGCGUCAGCUCAGACCUGCUGGACAGGCGGGAAAGCCAAGAAAUCUCUAGUGACUCCAUCACUUCCUCGUCUAGAGCCGAAUCAGGGAAGUCCCGACGGAACGGCAACAGCUCCAAGCACUCACCUCAGGACCGCUCCUCGGAAUCAUCGAAUGGCAGAAAGGAAGCGGGAGCUCUAGUGUCGGAGAAAAAAGUCCAGCAGGUUAGUGUAGACUCCGGUUCGGAGGAAGAACAGACCGUAACCACCAGAAUCUUCAGACGCCGUCUCAUUUUAAAGGGAGAAGAAGCAAAGAAUAUCCCAGGCGAGUCUGUGACCGAGGAACACUAUAUGGACCAAGAUGGUAACCUCAUCAGUAGAAAAGUAAUCAGGAAGGUUAUCCGGCGUGUGACAGCUCCCACACCAGAAAACCAAGGAGAUGACAAGUGGCUCCAAGACUUUCUGCACAGUCCUACUCUGCAGGAGGAAGGAUCCGAGCAAGGAGAAGGGUCACGGAACAGCAGACGAAAGGAUGACAGAAGAUCAGGGGACAAAAAGCUCCACUCAUAGGGAUGGUUUUGCUCUACCAGGUGUGCAGGAACUGAGUUAGAUGUUUCCUGGAAAUACGUUUUCCGAGGGGCUCGAGGCUCCGGUGUGAGGACUUCAGGGUCCAGUCUGCAACUUUCUGCUUCAAACUAACGGUUUUCACGCGAGAGGAGUCGACCCUUCUGACUUACGCAUGAGCAUGACAAACUCACUACCUGUCAACGAAAGGACCGGGAGGUUCUCACUUUUAGCUGUGGUGGACCCGUGGACGAUGAUUCUGCUUCCUGUUUGUGUGAAACAAUAUGUGCCAUUGAUCCACUGUUGUUGUGAGAGCUUUUUUAGAGGAGCAUCGUUUGUUGUGAAAACGAUAAAAGACUCCCGUUACUGACAACCACACAGGUGACACUGUGACCAAAGAUGGCACAAGAGCUCAGUCCACAUGGUGGGUGGAGAGAAUGAAGUAGACACAAUAACACACAAAAAAACCCAAUGGAACAAUUCUGAUCCAACUUCAACACUCGCCUUAUAGUUUUUUCUUGAACCCAUUGUUGUCAGGAUGUAAAUUGUUUGGGGAAUUUUUUUUCUUCCUUUUUAAAACUUAAACUAACACAAGAGCUUUUUUCUGUAUAUAAAAUUCCAAUGUGUAAAAAUCUUUAAAAAGGGUAAGCUACUGGUUGAGAACACACGGAGGAGAGUAACCUUUUCAAGUGCUUUCAAACUUUAUUGAAACAGUUCCACUUUUAAAGAUUUGAGUGUGACUUCACAGGUUCUUGUAUAAUUACUUAUUAGAGCAGGUAUAAUGUUUGUACAUGGAAAAAAAGCUGGUUUGAUUUUAACUGAGGAAAUUUCCAGAAAAUCGAAUUUCAGUCAUUCCCAAAGUGGGAACGGAUCUAAUCCUACAAAAAGCCUUUCAGAGUACUCAUAUUUUCAUGCAUGCUGUUCACAUUAUUUUAAGUACAAUUUUUACAAGUUUGCAAACACUGUAUUCAAAUGACAAAUAAAACCCUUUAUCUGUGUUCACAUAUAGCCCUAACAUGUCACCAAUUUUAUAUUUUAAAUUGAAAAAGGAUACCAUUUAAACAUUUAUCAUGUCGGGAUGAGGAUGAAAAAAGUUCUAUAGCUUACUGAGGGUGUGGUGUCUUGUCUGUCUAUGUGAAACGGAGGGCAGCUUCUGCUACGAGGGAGGAAAUAAUCUGAAUGUAAAUGCUGGUAGGCUGGCUCGCUGUAAAAUUAUAACUGUAUUGUGCGUAUUGGCUAUAAGGUGUAGGAGUCUCUGUACACUGUUAGACUGUUUGUAAUCAUUUUAGCAGUGUGUCAAUUUGGUUUUCUAAUGACUGCUGUGGUAUUAAAGGAAAACUGGGGCAUUUCAUUUUGGAUUUCUUUUGGUGAAGUAUUUCCUUAUUUAAAACCUACUCACAUUAAGGUCACAUAAAGACAUUAUUUGAUUGUAGCUCUUAAUAGCAUAUUGUAUGACAAAAACAAUGGAUGGUCAAAAACAGUUAUUUAAGCAUUAAAUAAAUUGUGUUAAACUCUGAAACUGUGUGAUCUUUUUAGGCUUGAGAUUCUGUAUAUGCAGUGUCGAAUAGAAAUGUUUUCACUAGCUCAUCAAAUUUGACUUUACUUUACAUAAGGAAUGACCUUUGUAUUGGUUUUCAUUAGAUGCACAUGUAGUUCAAGUGUGGUGUUCUACUGGUGCGAAGGCUCAUGCUGGUGUCUAUGCUGUGGACAAGAAAACUAUGUAACUUUUUGGGGGGAGGGAGGGGUUGUAAAGGAAGUCAGUUAAGGCGCUGUACCACAUCCCCUUAUACUAUGUCAAUCAGGGGGUAGAGGAUCCUUUGAUAUGGCUGAACUAUCAAUUUUGUCAAUUUUGUUUGAUAUGUGUUUUCACCUGAGCAGAUUUUUUGAUGUACAAUUCUUACUAACAGAGUGAAGCCAUUGAAAUGUAACUAUUCUAGCACUUUGGUUAUUCGAGGUCUUUUAGAGACUAUAGCAGCAAUGAUGCCACCACAAAUGUUUCAGACGUCUUUAAAAAAAUCAACCUAAAAAUUCAAAAAAAAUAAAAACUCAUUGAUUUCGCAAUACAA